UGGGAGCCGUCCAAUGUCGAUCCAUAUCCCCUCUCGGGAUCUCACUCGUCGUCUAUCGAGUCGCAAAAGGCAUCGCUCCCGGCCCGGGUGUUGCACAAGGUGUACGGCAUUCCCUAUGGGCCAACGUCGCGGAUGGUGGCGACGGCGGCGAGCCAGGUGUUCCCGCUCGGAUGGCUUCGCCGCUACGGCCGCAGUCAGCUGGGUAGUGACAUUGUGGCCGGCCUAACCAUUGGCAUCAUUCUUGUGCCGCAGGCCAUGGCUUACGCGCUGCUGGCGGGCCUCCCACCGCAGUACGGGCUGUACACCGCCAUCUUUCCGGCGCUCAUGUACGGGAUCUUUGGCACGGUGCCGAACCUGUGCAUAGGCCCGUUUGCGCUACUCUCGCUGCUUGUGGCCGAGGCCGCGUCUGCAGUUUCGGGUGAGGACGGCGGAACGGAUGCGUCGCAGCGGUACAUCGAGGCGACCAUGCUGCUGUCGUUUUCACCGGCCUGGUACUCUGCGCCAUGUCGACGCUGCGGAUGGGCUUUGUCACCGUCUUUCUCUCGCCGGUCCUCAUCUCGGGCUUCACCACCGCAUCGGCCAUUCUUAUUGCCACGUCGCAGCUGAAGCACGUGUUUGGCCUUCGCCCGCCGCAAAUUGACGGCUUUUUGAGCCGUUCCGGACCAUAUACUGGCUUCUCUCUCAUCUUGACGAGGCCAAUGUGGCCGCGAUUGUCAUUGCUGUCGUCGCGGUCCUCCUCCUCUUUGGCAUUCGGUAUCUCAACACCAGGUUCAAGGCCCGGCUUCCGAUGGCGAUCCCGUCCGAGUUUGUGCUCCUUGUUCUCGCGCUUGUCUUCUCCAAGGCGCUGAGCAUAGACACGCGGUGGGACGUGAACGUGGUUGGCUCGAUUCCGGGCGGCUUGCCGUCGCUCACGGUCCCAAGCCUCGGCUCGGACAUGGUCGGUGCUGCGUUGGCCAACUCGAUCAUUCUUGCUGUCAUUGGGUUUGCCGUCUCUAUUGCCAUCGGCAAGACUUUUGAGAAGCAGCUUGAAUUGAGCGUCCGGCCCAACCAGGAGCUACUCGCCAUGGGCAUCGCCAACGUGUUUGGCUCGUUUCUACUCUCGUAUCCGUCGUGCGGCUCACUCUCACGCUCGGUUGUCUCGGCCGAGUCGGGCGUCAAGUCGCCGAUCAACAUCCUGUUCUCGUCGACGCUAGUGGCUAUCAUUGUCGCCGUCCUAACCGGGCCGUUUGAGGCCACGCCUCAAGCCGUCCUUGCCGCCGUCAUUCUGGUAGCGCUCAAGCGGCUCCUUCUCCAGGUCCGCGAGCUCCCGGCACUGUACCGGAUCAAGCGGGCCGACGGCUUGGUCUGGGCCUUUGUGUUCACCGCCGUUCUGGUUGUCGGCGUCACCGAAGGCCUCAUCCUCGGCAUGGUCUUCUCGCUUCUCAUUGUGCUGUACAAGCAAAUGCGGCCGUACACGGCGGUGAUGGGCCGGUUUCCAGGCACCAGGCUCUACGGCUCAGUGGCGCAGUAUGGCGACCAGGUCGUCGAGUGGCCGCGCAUUAAGAUCGUCCACUUUGGUGCCGAGCUCUUCUAUGCCAACGUCGCCUUUUUGGAGGACACGAUCGAGGGCGUCGUCCGCUCCACCCCGGGCCUGGCCGCCAUUGUCCUCGACAUUUCGACCUUUUCCGACAUCGACAUCUCGUCGGCGCGCGACCUCUCUCGCAUCCACGCCGACCUAACCGACCGCCACAUCCGGCUCCUCUUUGCCCACCCGCGCAAGCGGCUCCGCUCGCUCUUUGCCGCCGAAAAGACGGUGCCCAUCGAAGACAUGUUCAUCGACGUUCACGACGCCUGCCUCUACGCCAUGGAAGUCGGUCCCAUCGUCCCUGACGCCACAGACUCGGACUCGAACGGAUCGUCCACCACGGCUGCCAUCUGGCCGGGCUACGGCUCGGUCGGCUGGAGCCCCAUCCCUAGCGUUGUCUCGCUCUCAUCCGACAGUGAGCCGACCACCACCGCUCCGUCGACGCACGCCGAGCCAUCAACGGCCAUCUCGGGCCACCACCGCUCAGCACCCUCUUCGGCGCCAAGCAGCGGCAUUUCGUCGUCGUCAAGCUACUUGUCAUCGUCGGCCUCACCGACCGUUUAGCGCUUGCGCAGACACCAUGCAACUGUUGGCGUACUUAAUCAAAGAUAGUGUCGUCUC